AUGUAUGCCAAGAACAUAAUUGACUCUGAUUUUCAAUCCAAUGUUAUCAAUUAAGAUUUGAAACCCUUUGUGUAGAAAAUCUAGGAUAGACAAAAAAGAUUAUAAGAGUUAUCAAAACAACUAGAAGAAAACAUUUAGAAAUCAUUGUCAAUCAACUCCAUUAUUUUUGAAAGAGAGUUGAGAAAUAAACAAAAAGAAAUGAGGAAAAUUAAAUUGGAAAAUGAAAAAAGAGUGACUAAAAUUAAAAAGGAAUAUGAUCUUACUGAAAAUUCAAACCUAUCAAAAUUAUUACAAAAGCAACAAGAAUACAUUUCAAAUUAUGAAUAAUUAUAUUAAGAGGAGAUCCAUUUUGUUAAAUUUAUAGAUCAACAAACAAAAAAUAGUAGUUACUAUACAGUUAUUAAUUCUAUACUGAAUGAUAGUUUAAUAUUUUCAGGAUUCAAAUUAGAUAAUUCAAAUGUAUUAGAAUACUUAACAGGACACAAUAAACAAAAGCUUCCAAAUUUUCAUAACUCUCUUAAAUCAACAAUUCAGCAAUUAUAAAAUAUUGAAGAAAAUUUAUUGAUAAUACUCAAUUCUAACAAUCAUGAUUCUCAAUUGUAAUUACUCUAACAAUCCUUAUCAAACUUUAUUAAUAUUCUUAAAACUACUCAAACUCAAAUAGAUGAAAUCCUAUUGGAAAUGGAAUUAAUCUAAAAAGAAAUAUCAGAUUCAGAUAAAAUUAGGAAAAACAACAUCAUUCUAAUACAAUCAAUAAUUAAAGAGAAUCAAGAUUAGAAAGAAUUAGAAAUCUAAGAAUAUAUCAAAACGAAUGAUAAUUUGAUAAAGCAUCUUUUCUCCUCUAUCGAAAUAAAUAGAAAGUAUUCGAUAUUUUUACUAUAAUCAAAUGAAGAUCUGUAAAAAUUAUCUUAGUUAUCAGAAAUUCAAUUGUAAAAUAAAUUCUAAAUUGAAAAUAAAAAAUAAAAUAAAUAAGGGUGUGUUUAAUUAAAAAAAGUGCCCACAGUUCUUUUAUCUAGAACAAGGAUUUAUUCUGACCAUAAGAAAGAUAUCAACGACAUUCUGAAUUUGUCUAAUGAUUAAUCUUUAGAGAUGAUAAGUAGGAAGGAUAUUAUGGCAAAAGAGUCAUCGUUUCUUUAUUAAUCUUAAUAAACGAUCAAUUUUGAAAAAUCAACUAGCAAUUCAACCUUAUAAAAGCAAUUUUCACAGAUAUAUGUAUAAAGUCCCAAUAGUACAAAAUACAUAGAAAAAAAGUCUCCUCAUAUUUCUCAUAACGCAACUUAUAAAACCAUUGCACAUUCUGAUAAAAAGACAGCACUACCUUUGAGAUGUGCUUGUCCUCCUUAAUGUUUAUGUUCUGCAUAAACUAUUGUGUAGAUUCACUCGUGUAAUUGUUAACUUUAUAUCAAUUCUAGAGGAUACAUUAUGUGCCAAUAAUGCUAAUUUUCAUAAUAAAUCUAAGACUAUGGGUUCUACUGCCCACAAAACAGGUAAAAAAAUAAAUUUAAGAAUUAUCAAGAUUUUUUUAUUUCAUUUUGGUUACAUCUUAUAACCUUAACAAUUAAUGAACAAAUAGUUGAAUUUUGGGACAAUUUGUAAGUAAAUUGUCAGCAAUAAUGGAUUUAAUAUAAGCAAAUAGACUUUAACGAUUUAACAGAUGAAGUUAGUUUUAUGAACUUUAUUGCAUACUGUCCUUUAAAUAGUAAAUGCUAUCACAAAACUAGUCAACAAUAAAUUCACUUUUGUUAGAGUCCAUUGAUUAUCAGUUCAUUAGGAGAAAUAGUUUGUAAGAAAUGCAAUUUUUAAGGGAGUCCCUAAUUUCAUUUUAUAUAAUGCCCAGAACAAAAGGAAUUCUAUUAUUAUUAAAAUGCAGAUUUAUUUCUCAAUUCUAUUGAUCUAAAUCAUUCAAACUUUGAAUCUGAAAAACAAAAUUAAGAAUUCUUGUCAAAACUAAGAAAAAAUCUAAUAAAGAAAUGGAGAUGA